AUGGACAAGACAGCAAUUGCACUCGAAGCUAUCAGCAAAGAAGCUAUUGAUUUGGAGAACAUUCCCAUCGAAGAAGUUUUUGAAAAGUUGAAAUGCACUAAAGAGGGUCUCAAGUCCCAUGAGAUUCAAAAGCGUUUGGACAUUUUUGGACAAAACAAACUUGAAGAGAAAAAGGAGAAUAAAGUACUCAAGUUUUUGGGCUUUAUGUGGAAUCCUUUGUCAUGGGUUAUGGAAGCAGCUGCCAUCAUGGCUAUUUCUCUAGCACACGGAGGAGAAAACUUAUGUGCACAGGGAAAGCAAACGGAUUACCAUGAUUUUGUUGGCAUUCUGCUGCUACUUAUAAUCAAUUCGACCAUAAGUUUUAUUGAGGAAAAUAAUGCCGGAAAUGCAGCUGCAGCCCUUAUGGCACGGUUGGCUCCAAAAGCUAAGGUUUUACGUGAUGGAAAGUGGAGUGAGGAGGAUGCAUCUGUAUUGGUUCCAGGAGACAUUGUUAGUAUCAAACUAGGCGAUAUAAUUCCCGCUGAUGCACGGCUUCUUGAAGGAGAUCCUCUGAAAAUUGAUCAAUCUGCCCUUACAGGAGAGUCGCUUCCGGUAACCAAAGGUCCAGGUAGUGGGGUAUACUCAGGUUCAACAUGUAAACAAGGUGAAAUUGAAGCAGUUGUCAUUGCAACUGGAGUUCAUACUUUCUUUGGAAAGGCAGCUCAUCUUGUGGAUAAUACUACCCAUGUUGGGCAUUUCCAGAAGGUAUUGACUGCAAUUGGCAACUUCUGCAUUUGCUCAAUUGCCAUCGGGAUGUUAAUCGAAAUAAUAGUAAUAUUUGGGCGUCAAAAGAGGCCUUAUCGUGAAGGUAUAGAUAACCUUCUCGUUCUACUCAUUGGUGGCAUCCCCAUUGCAAUGCCAACAGUUCUUUCUGUUACCAUGGCCAUUGGUUCCCAUCGCUUCUCUCAGCAGGGUGCCAUAACAAAGAGAAUGACAGCAAUUGAGGAAAUGGCUGGGAUGGAUGUGUUAUGCAGUGACAAAACAGGCACUUUAACUCUUAACAAACUUACGGUUGAUAAAAAUAUGAUUGAGGUUUUUGCCAAAGAUGUUGACAAAGACAUGGUCGUGCUGAUGGCUGCAAGAGCCUCAAGGUUGGAGAAUCAAGAUGCAAUUGAUACUGCAAUUGUUUCAAUGCUGGCUGAUCCUAAGGAGGCACGAACUGGAAUUACAGAAGUUCACUUCCUUCCGUUCAAUCCAACUGACAAGCGGACCGCACUUACAUACACAGACAAAUUGGGUAAUAUGCACAGAGUGAGCAAAGGUGCACCUGAACAGAUUCUCAAUCUGGCAAAGAACAAAUCAGAAAUUGAGAAAAGGGUGCACUCAAUAAUAGAUAGAUUUGCAGAGCGUGGACUUCGAUCCCUUGGAGUUGCUCGCCAGAAAGUACCUGAUGGUAGCAAAGACAGUCCUGGUGGACCCUGGGAAUUUAUUGGUCUUCUCCCUCUCUUCGAUCCACCUCGUCAUGACAGUGCUGAAACAAUUAGAAGAGCUCUAGAUCUUGGAGUGAGUGUCAAGAUGAUCACAGGUGAUCAACUGGCAAUUGCUAAGGAGACAGGGAGACGCCUUGGAAUGGGCACAAACAUGUACCCUUCAUCAUCUUUGCUUGGCGACCAUAUGGAUGCAUCAGUUGCAGCUCUCCCAGUUGAAGAGCUCAUUGAGAAAGCUGAUGGUUUCGCUGGUGUUUUUCCUGAGCACAAAUAUGAGAUUGUGAAGAUAUUACAAGGUAGAAAACACAUAUGUGGAAUGACGGGUGAUGGAGUGAAUGAUGCACCUGCAUUAAAGAUAGCGGACAUAGGAAUUGCCGUGGAUGAUGCAACGGAUGCUGCUCGAAGUGCCUCUGAUAUAGUUCUGACUGAGCCUGGGCUGAGUGUAAUCAUUAGUGCUGUCUUAACAAGCCGUGCCAUCUUUCAAAGAAUGAAGAACUACACAAUAUAUGCAGUGUCUAUCACGAUACGUAUUGUGUUGGGGUUUUUGUUGCUGACUGCCUUUUGGGAGUUCAACUUCCCUCCUUUCAUGGUCCUUGUCAUUGCCAUUCUUAAUGAUGGCACUAUCAUGACAAUAUCUAAAGACAGGGUUAAGCCAUCUCCACUUCCUGACAGUUGGAAGCUCAGUGAAAUUUUUGCAACUGGGAUUGUCAUAGGCAGUUACCUCGCCCUGACGACCGUUUUAUUUUUCUUUGCUGCUUAUGAAACCAGUUUCUUUGCGAAACAUUUCCAUGUAACAGAUUUCAACAAGAACCUUUACAAUCUCAAAGAUGCCGCCACAUCCAAAGCUCUGAAUGCACAGCUAGCAUCUGCUGUAUACCUUCAAGUUAGCACCAUAAGCCAGGCAUUAAUAUUUGUGACGCGCUCUAGGGGUUGGUCGUUCAUGGAAAGACCCGGUCUUCUUCUCGUCUCUGCUUUCCUCAUUGCUCAGCUGUUUGCAACUUUAUUAUCUGCAGUGGUUUCAUCGGAUUUUGCUGAGAUUAGAAAGAUUGGCUGGCGUUGGACUGGUGUUAUUUGGCUGUACAACAUAUUAACCUACUUGCUUCUUGAUCCUAUCAAAUUUGGUGUCCGAUAUGCACUCAGCGGGAGAGCCUGGAAUCUGCUACUAAACCAAAAAACGGCUUUCUCCACCGCAAAGGACUUUGGUAAGGAAGCUCGCGAGGCGGCAUGGGCAACCGAACAGCGGACCCUUCAUGGCCUCGAGUCUAAGGGAAAAAAGUUGUUUGCUGAACCACACACUUUCAGGGACAUCAAUAUCAUGGCCGAAGAAGCCAAAAGGCGUGCGGAGAUUGCAAGAUUAAGGGAGAUUCACACUUUAAAAGGUAGGGUUGAGUCCUUUGCGAAGCUAAGGGGCUUAGAUAUUGAUGUCAACCCACAUUAUACACUCUGAUCGGCAUUUUGGCCACGACUGUCUUUUUUAUUGUUGUUCAUUUCGGUAUCUGAUUUUACUUUUUUAUGUAAUCUUCCCCUCCUGUUUUUUUUUGGUCCAUCAUUGUUUGGGGGUUUAAUUGUGCACAAAGCUCAGACAUUCUGAUCAUCAUCAAUAACAGAGCUGUUCUAAUUUUCAAGUUAAACCAUCUCUGCAUGCAGUCCCUUCAUUAAUAUUUCAGUAUAAUAGUUAUGGCUUUUCUUUUUUCGUCAGUUUUUUUUUUUUUUUUUUUUUUUUUUUGGGUAAAUAGAAAAUAUUUAUUAAUAACAAAAAAAAUUAUACGGAGUAAUAAAUAGCACGCAUUUAGCAUUUGUAAAAUGUAAUGGCUUCACGGAUGCAUUGAUUGAGGGUACCUUUUUUAUUCUGAGCAAUUUGGAUGGUUUCUCAUUGUUGGACGUCCAAAUAAUUCACGUGGUGAAAUUAACGAAUGAUAUUGAUCCAUCUUUUGUCACUCAAGAUGGGAAUUGGU